UUUAGUUAUUAUUUGACGUACCCUGUACAAUGAAAAAAUUAAUUAUUUGAUUUAUUAACCCAACCCAAGAUAUUUCAUUUUUGCGAACAAAUUUUACGGGGCGUAUAUUGUAAACGUGAGUGCGUCCCUGUGCUCGAGCACAUGGUAGAAUGACCCACAUUUAUAGUGGUUGUAAUUCCUAAUCAAUUCAUUGUGGUUCGUUCUGUGAUGUGUAUUGUUUUAAUCGAAAAAUUUUUAGUAUAAUUGUAGACAAGGAGAAAUUUAGAAAUGUAUUUUAUAUUUAAAAAUUUUUAAAAUAUUUAUUCAUCUUAUUUAUAAUAUAAUUUCAGCUACUUAAAUUACUUGAACAUGGCUAAGCAAAUUUCAUUUGGUGUGUGGGACUAUGUGGUCAUAGCUAUAGUUUUAGCAACCUCCUCAAUCAUAGGAAUUUAUUUUAGAUGUACCGGAGGCAAACAAAAAACUACAAAAGAGUACUUACUUGCUGAUAAAAAUAUGUCUAUAACUCCUGUAGCAUUCUCUUUAAUGGCGUCAUUCAUGUCUGCGAUCACGUUGCUGGGAGUGUCAAGUGAAAACUAUUCAUUUGGUCUACAGUUUAUUGUUAUUAAUAUCUCCUACGGCAUUUUUACGUUUAUAGCCGCUUAUCUUUACCUACCAGUAUUCUUUAAAUUACAAGCAACUAGUGCUUAUGAGUAUUUAGAAAAAAGGUUUGGGAAAACUGCAAGAUUGGCAGCGUCCUUGUCGUAUACUUUACAAAUGACUUUAUAUAUGGGAGUGGUUUUGUAUGCCCCUGCACUUGUGCUAGAAGCCCUUACUGGUAUUACAAAAAUAACCGCAAUUUUAUCAGUAGGUAUAGUUUGUACUUUUUACUCCACAUUAGGAGGAAUGAAGGCUGUUCUAAUAACGGACGUAUUCCAGUCUCUUCUCAUGUUUGUAGCCAUAUUCAGUGUCAUCAUCUAUGGAUGGAUAGAAGAAGGAAGUUUGGCGGAAAUCUGGAGGAUAGCCGAAGAAUACAAUCGAACCACUCUCUCUAAUUUUGAUCCGGAUCCAACUGAGAGGCAUUCCUGGUUUACUCUAAUCAUCGGUGGUGGAGUGACAUACCUAUCUCUCUAUGGCGUAAAUCAAACACAAGUUCAACGUUACCUGACAGUAAAAGACUUAAAAACUGCACAAAAGGCGUUGUGGUUGAACUGGCCGAUUUUAACUUGUCUUAGCUUGAGUACUUCAUUUUCGGGCUUAGUAAUUUUUUCAAGAUACUAUAACUGUGAUCCCAUUACAACUCAACAAAUCGAAUCUGCAGAUCAGCUUCUACCAUACUAUGUUGUGGAUACUAUGGGACAUAUACCAGGGUUAUCUGGAUUGUUUGUGGCCGGUAUAUUUAGUGCCUCAUUAUCUACCAUAUCUGCAGCUCUUAACAGUUUGGCAGCUAUUACAGUUGAAGAUUAUAUCAAACCUCUAUAUUUUUCAAUGCGCAAAACCCAAUUAACCGAAACAGUGGUAGCUGUUCAACUCAAAGUGAUAUCACUUAUUUUUGGUGGAAUAUGCUUAGCAGUAGCAUUUUUAGCUCAAUUCUUGGGUGGUCUUCUGCAAGCUGCCUUAACAAUUUUCGGUGUAGUAGGUGGGCCACUUCUUGGUUUAUUUUCAUUAGGAAUGUUUACAACAGUCGCUAACGAAACAGGAUCAGUAUGUGGUUUAAUAGCUGGAGUUGGUUUCGCAUUAUGGAUGGCUCUUGGUGCAAAACCUGCAGUUCCUCUACCUAGAAGUAUACAAGGCUGUGAAAAUGCUGAUGCUUUACUUAAUGCCACUUUAAAUGCUGUUUCAGACAAACCUGAAAAGACUUACUUAUGGAUACAUCGAGUGUCGUAUUUAUACAACGGCGUAUUUGGACUGGUAAUUACAUUCGUAAUUGGAAUCGUUCUCAGUUUUGUAAUCAACAGAUAUUCAACACAAACUAAAAUUCACGAUCCAAAUUUGUUCAUACCGCCAUUAGCUAGAAAAUUAAGGAAAAAAUAUGGGGAAACUAUCAAUCUUGCUAAUAUGGAUCUUGCCGUAUCGAAUUCUAGAGAAUAUUUAAAAAACGGCCAUAAAGCCGAGUUUAUAUAGUUAAUUUUUUGAUGAUUUUAAUUUUUAAGUUGUAUACACGGAGUCAAAAGAAAUUAGUUGGUUUUUAAGUUUCUUAUGGGCUUUUCAGCAACUAUGUAUCGGGUUAAUAACUGAUAAUUUCACAAAAAUUGUUUAUAUAUUUGAAUAAACAGCUAUAAUCUUCACAAAAGAAGCUCCCCUACAAUAGAUAUUUAAAAAAAUCUCUCAAAUCUAAAAUUUUUUCACUAAAAAAAUCUUGAAAGGUUCAGUUGGUUGAUACUAAAAUUUCGUUCCAGAUAAUUCUCGUUUUCUAUUAUAUUUUGUUGAAUUAUGUUGAAAGUUAUGGAUAGGUAAUCGUGAUUAUUAAGUUUUAUAUUUAUAAAUGAAAUACACAGUGUUUAACAUUCAUA